AUGUAUGUGGAAAUGGCUGUGGAGUCCCAACCUGGAUACAAGGCUCUAUGUGAUAUUUCUGAACGCGCUAGCUGCUCACGGGUUCUGUCUUCGAAGUAUGCCAAAGGAUUUGGUUUAUUAUCAUCAGAGUCAUCGUUAAAAGUGCCGAACUGCAUUUAUGGAAUCGUCUUCUAUUCUCUCGUGAUAUUCUUAUCAACAUUCGACCAGCUGCUAGUGACACGUGUGAUGUUUGUCUUCGCCCUAUCCUCAAUAGCUACGUCUUUAUAUUUAGCUUAUUUACUAGCUUUCGUUCUUUAUGAUUUUUGUGUAGUCUGUGUAUCCACUUAUAUUGUCAACGGUGUUCUUACAGCUUUAGUUUAUAAAAAAAUGACUGCGUUGUCUGCAAAGAAUAAAUAA